CCUCUUUUUCAAAUGUAUGUAGUUUUUGGGCACGAUCUUCAAAAUCUCAAUUAAUUUGUGUUUUCUUACGAUAUAAACAUCCUUUAGAAGUUUACUAUCUACCUUUCGUCAACUCUACAAUAUAUUUAUAUAUCAAAGGGUUCGACUGUUCAAAGAAGCUCAUUUAUAUUCACCGCAAAUAAAUCAUGAAAAGGGUUAAUCGCAUCAUCAGAACCUCCUGUGCAUUCCAAAUUUAUGGCCCAGCUAGUUGACUUAUUAAAAGCAGUUGGGCAUGAACCACCACCCACCACCUUUGUGUCUUAUAUACCCCAUCGAUAUCGCCCGAUUUGACCGACCGCAUUCGGAAUAUGCUUUGAGGCACGAUUUGCAUUUGUUGCUCACUCGCACGCCAAACAUAAUUGUGAGCUCCUCUUGCCGUAAUCAAUUGCGGUUGCCGGUGGUAACCAGGAAUUUGUUAAUUCAAUGUUUAUUCUGCCCCAGUCCUAUGCAGCCGGGGAAGUUGCAGUCCCCAGACGGAGCAGGCCCUAAUGGCGGUUAGUUCGAAAGGGGAAUCCUUUCUUCCUCCUUGCGAAAAGUUGGCUGGGCGCUCAGUUGGCUCAGUUCCGCGGGCGCAGACAGUUCGAUUCCUAGUCGUUUCCUAGCCCACAAACCAGCCCAGUUAGGCCCUGAUUAACUUUCCCUCCCGAGGAGCGUUAGUUGCCAGUUAGUUAGUGCUUCCGCAUUCCGCAAAUUUGUGUCAAUUGCCACCAGGCAGGACACGCUUGCGGAGGAGCUCUGCGGCGCUCGAGGCCCAGGAUUCCGUGAUAACUUGAUGAGUAUUCAAUUGGAGCUCAAUCAGUUAACAACAGUGUCUAGUGCGCGGUCUUAAUUCGGACGAAAAAUAAAGCGAAACAAAAGGAAUUGCCCCAAAACUCAACUCAAGAAUUUAAGUGGUGCAUCCAGCCACAAUUUGGCAGUGAGAACCCACUCUCCUCAUAAACAAGAAUUCCGACCUCCAUUUGUCUGAGCCCGUGGUGAUAAUAAAUCCUGAACUAAAAUAGAAAGUACAAGCGACCAGUCGCAGAUUGCAUGCCAAAUCAUAGUCGCACUAUCAAGGAUAUUAUUAUUAUAUUUUUUACUGUUUGCAUAAACACAAAUGGCAAUGGGGAGGUGGGUGACACAGCAUAAGGAGCUCAAAGAUAGAAGACGCAUUCGUGUCAAAGGAAGUUUCAACAACGGCGGAAAUGUUGUUUAUUAAAAUAAAUACGACGACAAGGAAAUUAUUAUUAUUUUGGGGGGAGGAGUUGGGACUUGGACUAAGAAGCAUGGGGGUGGCAAACACAAACACUUGCUGUCCUGGUGACAGACUGUGCAAUGCGUGCCGUCCCAGGUCCAAAAACUAUUUCCUCAAGUGGGCCCCCCAAAAAAUAUCAUUCGAAUUUAUGGUAUGGACGUGCCGGAAAGAAAUCCUAUCUUUUUCUGGGCUCCUUGGAGGAUAAUGAUGGGGGGCCCUGAGCUUGUUUAUUUGCGAGGGAACAUCACCUCGGUGCAGCUGUCAUGACGACUGGCUCCAGUCCCGGAACAAGUUAAUAAAUCAAUUUGGACUAACUUAUCGAGUCGUUCUGGAGCGUAGGCGAGGCGCCAAACUUUUGGCCAGAAAGUUCCGAUUCAUGUCGCCCAUACCCUUUCCUUUUUACCUGAAAGGGUUGGCUGGAUUAUAAUGCUUGAUGCAGGCGUAUCGCGAUAACUUCAAGCAAACGCCCUGCCCAUCGGCCGUCGACCUUCAGCCGGCGGCACCAACCCACCCCCCGGCGACCGCCUCGCGCCUGCCCUUCUCGCGCAGCCAGCGUGGGCGUGACCCCUCGGCCAGUGCCGCCUCCGUGUCCGCUUCCGCCGCCGGCGCCCUCACGCCGAGGAUGAUGAGUCCGGGACCGCCGGGCGGAGGAGGAGGAGGAGCAGGAGGAGGGGUCGGGAGCGGGGGAGAUCCCUCGGCCCUGCUUCGCCAAAACCAGGAGCUGCGCCAGCGGUUGGCCGACGAGUCGCAUAGCUAUCGACGCCGCCUGGACACUUACAAGCAGGCGCAGCACAACCAAGCCAAUUUGGUCAGCCGGCUGCAGUCGAAGAUCCAGCAGUACCGUCAGCGGUGCAGCGAUCUGGAGGACCGCAUGCACGAGACCAUCAAGCCCACGGCGGGCACUGGACCCAAGUUGACCACGGGUCCCACCACCAGUCAGGUGCUGUGCUCCACUUCGCUGACCCUGGGCCAGAGCAGUUUGCCCUGCAGCUCGUCACUGGACUCGCCGCCGCCCAGCUGCAGCCGGGAUUAUGUCCACGACGAUGUCCUGGUCACGGGCGGGGGAUCCGCGGAACUGUGCCGCAAGCUGGAGGAGGAGCACCAGCGUUGCGAGCAGGUCCUGGCCCAGAACAGUGCGCUGCGCCAGCAACUGGAGGAGUCGAAUCGCACCAACGAGGCCCUGACCAACGACCUGCAGAAGCUGACCAACGAUUGGGCGGGCCUGCGGGAUGAGCUGCUGAUCAAGGAGGACGAGUUCAAGGAGGAGGAGCAGGCCUUCAAGGACUACUACAACAGCGAGCACAACCGCCUGCUGAAAAUGUGGCGCGAGGUGGUGGCCGUCAAGAGGUCCUUCAAGGAAAUGCAGACGGCCAUGAAGGCGGAGGUGGCCAAGAUGGGUCAGGAGAUCAGCUGCGUGGGCAAGGACAUCAGCGGCAGCAAUGCCACAGUGGCCUUUGCCCACCAGCAGGCCAAGAGGGCGGCGGAUGAGGAGCUGAAGCAAUCGCAGCGCAGCAAUGAUGAGCUGCAGAACCAAUUGGCCACCCUGAAGGUGCAGUACGAGAGUGCCCGCCACGAGAUCAUGGAGCGGGAUCAGCGCCUGCUCGAGCUGAUGAACCAGCUGAAGAAGCUGGAGGAUCGCUGUGCCCAGGCUGAGUCGCAGGCUGCUCUGGCCAGUCGCUACAGCGACGAAAUUGAGCGUCUGAACAAUUCCAUGCGCGAAAUUGCGCAAGCAGUUGUUCAAGAUGCGGAGAACGCGGAUCGCGAGGCCGACGCCGAGGUCACCGGCGGGGUCAUGCAGCACAUGCACCUCUCGCGUGAUGCCGCCUCUGUGGCGGGUGGAACCGGCAGCACCACCGGCGGCGGCGGCGGUGGUGGAAAAUCCCCUCGCCGCAACUCGACACGUGCCUCUCAAGCCUUCGCCGAGGGCACCAUCUCAGCCGUCCAGGCGGCACUGCACAAGUACCAACUGGCCCUCCACGACAUGCAGGUGAAGUUCCAACACUCCAGCGAAACGCUGCGCACCACCAAGUCGCAGCUGGAAACGAGCGAGGGCACCAAGCAGCUCCUGACCACCAAGAUGCAGCAGCUCACCGAGAAACUGGACAGCAGCAACUCCAAGCUGUCCGAACUGCUGCAGGAGCGCGAGAGUCUCCAGCGGGGACUGGACGAUGUCCGCACCCAGAAGCAGCAGUCCGAGAUGGGACGGGCCGACAUCAAUAGUGCGUUCGAGAGCCUGAGCGCUGACUAUGAGAAGCUGCAGCUGAACUGCGGAAAACUUCAGAAGCGCAUCGAUUCCAUGGAGGAGGACAAAAAGGCCGUCGAGCUGGAAAUCCAGCGUAUUCUGAAGGACAAGAACAUCACCGAAUUGAACCUGAGAUCCGAGGAGGAUCGCAGCAGUCGGCUGAGGGAGGAGACCAUUUCCCUGCGCGAGGAGCUCAACCGGGUGAGCCUGAAUCGUGAUCUCCUGGAGCAGCAGCGCAUCGAGUCGGACAACCUGAUCAAUCUGCUCGAGAAGCAGAAGUCCGACCUGGAAUACGACCUGGAUAAGCUGCUGCUGGAGAAGUGCGAUCUGCAGGAGAAGCACGAGAAGCUAUCCAACAACAGCUGCUCCACCAGCGAUGAGCUGAAGAGCGUUCAAAGUUGCCUGCAGGAGGCGCAGGAGGAGCGCAAGAAGCUGCGCCUCCAGUCCGUCGAUCAAUGCAACGAGAUCGGGGAGCUCAAGAAGGAGCUGGCGGUGUUGGACAAGGCUCGACUCGAACUGGAGACGGACAACCUGUCCGCCGGCGAAAAGCUCAAGUGCCUGCAGCUGGAGAAGGAGAAGAUUCUGCAGGAUCUGGCCUGCGUCACCCGGGAUCGCGGUGAUAUCCACAAUCAGCUCACAGCCAUGUGCCGCAAGAAGGAGGCUCUGAACGAGGAACUCAUGCGGACGCGCCAGCGCUUGGAGCAAACCACCGAAACGAACAGUCGCCUGAACAGGAAUCUGGAGGAGAUGGUCAAGGAUGUGGAGGAGAAGCAGGUGGUCAUCGAUCUGCAUGAGAAGGACACACACCGUCUGAACGAGCUGCUGGCCGCUCUGCGCUCGGAGAAGGAGUCCCUGGAGUCGGUGCUCUUCGACACGAACACCUCGCUGGAGGCCACCGAGGAGCGUCGCAGCCAGCUGGAGCGGGAUCUGCAGGAGGCAUUGGUGCGGGAGGAGACGCUCAAAAACCAUGUGGCCCGACUGCAGAAGGAUCUGGAGCAGUGCCAGCGCAAGGCGCAGGAGACCAAGACGCAGCUGCUCAAUGCCGCCCGUGCCGCCGAGAGUGACUUCAACCAGAAGAUCGCCAAUCUGCAGGCCUGUGCCGAGGAUGCGGCCAAGCGACAUGGCGAGGAGAUCCUGCAGCUGCGCAACGCCCUGGAGAAACGGAUGCAACAGGCCCUGCAGGCCCUGCAAACGGCCAAGGACGACGAGAUCGAGAAGCUGCAGGAGCGCCUGGCCACCCUGCAGGCCCACCUCGAGAGCCUGGUGCAGCAGCACGAGGAGGCCCUCAUCCGGGCCGAGAGCGAGAAGCAGCAGGCUCUGCUGAUCGCCCACCGGGACAAGCAGGCGGUGGGUGAGCGCCUUGAGGCGGUCUCCCGGGAUCUCAAGACCGAGCAGGAGUCCCUCGAUCGCAGCCGGCGGGAGGCCAAUGCCCGCGACGAGAAGCAGAGGGCGGCCAUCGCCCAGCUCAAGGACGAAAUGGUGCACAUGCGCACCAAGGAGGAGGAGCACAAGAUUAAGCUGGAGGAGUGCAUUCGCAAGCAGGAGCUCCAGUUGAGUAGCAUUCGGGAGGAGCGCGAUACCCUGUGCCGUGUGAGUGAAGAGUUGAAGAUGGAGAUCCGGCUGAAGGAGGACAGAAUGGAGGGCACCAACAACGAGCUGCAGGAUGCACUGCGCAAGUCCAAGGAGGGCGAGGGCUUCAUCGACAGUUUGCGCAAGGAGCUGACCGACUGUCGUCGGCAGUUGGCGGACAGCAACAUCGAGCGGGACAAGUACUCCGGCAGCAACAAGGAGUUGCGCGACCAUGUGAAGCGCGUGGAGAGCGCCAAGCGGGAGCAGGCACGCGCCAUCGAGGAGGCGCUGCAGAAGAUCAGCAACCUGGAGGACACCAAGAACUCGCUGGAGAACGAGCGCACCCGGUUGAGCACCAUUCUCAAGGAGACGGAGAAUCACUUUACGAAGACCACACAGGAUCUGAACGCCACCAAGGCGCAGUUGCAGAAGGCACAGGUGGAGUUUGCCCAAAAGGACGAGGGUGGCAAGGAGUUGCAGUCCAAGCUGGUGGCCGAAGUGGAGCUGAAGGAGCGGGCGCAGCAGGAGCUCUGCCAAAUCAAGAAGCAGCUGUCCGAUCUGGAGGCCAAUCUGUGUGCCACCCGCCAGGAGUUGGGCCGGGCUCGGUGCCAGAACAACCAGGAGGAGCAUCGCUUCCAUGCGCGGGAGCAGGAGUUGGCCCAGCGCCUGGAGGAGGGUCGUGGCAGGGAGAAGCGGCUGGAGGACCAGAAGCACAACCUGGAGGUCUGCCUGGCGGAUGCCACGCAGCAGAUCCAGGAGCUGAAGGCCCGUCUGGGCGGAGCCGAGGGUCGCAUCCGGGCCCUGGAUGAGCAGCUGUCCUGCGUGGAGCUGCACAAGCGGGAGACCGAGCAGAAGCUCUCCUCAGUGGUGCACACACUGCGCCGGAUUGCCGGCAUCCAAGUGGACGGCAGUGUGAAUCUGUCGCAUCGCCUACUGAGUCCCUCGAGGAGAUUCAGUCCAUCUCGCAGUUGCGGCGACUAUGACAACAGAAGCACCUCCCAGUGUCCGGAUGGACCCAUCGAUGUGGACCCGGAUCUGGUGCGCAAGGGAGUCCGCAACCUGAUGCACCAGGUGGCGCAGCUGGAGCGCGAGAAGGAUGACUACAAGUCACAGCUGGGGGCAGCCAAGAAACAGCUGCAAGAUGCCGCCGAGCAGCAACUGAAAUGCGAUGCCAAGCUGGGCAAGCUGCAGGCCAUGCUGAGGAACCUGCAGGAGGAGAAGAGCAACCUGGAAACGGAUCGUAAGAUGAAGAUCUCCGCCAUCCAGGCGCUGGAGGAGAAGCUCAAACACCGCAGCGACGAGUGUCAGUUGCUGCGGGAACGAUUGGCCCAGACGGAGAUGCAACUGGCGGCCACCUCCGAGGAGAAUGGCCAGAACGAGGAGCGGCUUGAGAAGAGCCGGCAGCAGUGCGCCAAGCUGGACAACGAGAAGCGCCAGCUGCAGGAGGAGCUGGCCAAGGUGGAGGGCAGGGCCAGCAAACUGGAUCUCCAGCGGGUGGCCAUGGAGGGCGACCUCACCCGGCUGCAGAUGGCCCUGCAGGAGAAGGACUGCAGCAUUCGGCAGAUGGCCGAGCGCCUGGAGAACCAGAAUCGCGCUCUCGCCCAGCUGGAGGAUCGCUGCACCGCGCUCAAGUCCACCGUGGAUCAGCUGAAGGAACGCCUCCAGAAGUCCGCCGUGAGCGAGACGCAGCUGCGGGGCGAGCUGAAGACCCUGCAGAAGGAGCUCUCCGAGCAGGGCCACUGCUCGCAGGCCAACGAGGACAAGCUGAAGCUGGUGCAGAAGUCCCUGCAGACCGCCGAGAACGAGAAGCGCAUCCUCACCGAGCGCCUGGACAGCGCCCAGACCAAUCUCAACGAGCUGCGCCGCAGCCAGCAGGCCCAGCUGGAUGGCAACCAGCGGCUGCAGGAACAGGUCACCGACCUGGAGGUGCAGCGUUCGGCCCUCGAGUCGCAGUUGCGCAUUGCCAAGUGGAACCAGGAGAGCGGCGGCGACAAGGCCAUGGUCAACGGCAAUGGAGCUGGCAAUGGCGAGGAUGAACUCAGCAGGCAGCUGAAAUCCUCGCAGCGGGAAAAGUCAGAGCUACGCAGCAAGCUGCAGACACUACGGGACAAAGUCAAGCAGCUGGAGUGCGAGCGGAAGAGCAAGUUCUCCGGUGGAAACGCCUACGAUCGGGCCGAGAAGUCCAGCUCCUAUUAUGCUGGGGCGGCUGAUUCCGGGGAGUUCGAUUCCAAUCGUUACGAUGUGGGCGCAGUCAACGCCAGCAUCGGAGGCGGCGGAUCCUUCAACUGUGGACUGGAUCACAGUGUGAUCGAGCAGGAGACUCGAGAUUUGCGACUCAAGGUGCGCCGCCUGGAGACACUGCUGGCGGAGAAGGAGUCGGAGUUGGCGCGAUGCAAGGCGCGGAUGAACGACAGCGCCAAGUGUCAUGAGGGCAUGGACGGGGAUCGCUAUCGCAGUGCCCAAAUGCACGCCGAGAAGCUUCUAGACGCCAGGGAGCAAUCGCAUCGCCAGCAGGUUUUGCGUCUGGAAAAUCAGAUCUCCAUGCUGCGCGAGCAGUUGGCCCAGGAGGCCAAGAGGCGGCAACAGUAUAUUCUACGCAGCUCAAAGGCCAACCGGGAGAUGCAGCACCUGAGGAGCACUCUUGGGGAUUCCCUGCGCAACGUGUCCCAGCACCCGGUGGAUGCCCACCUCCUGGAAAGCGAAAGUCGACGUCUCGAUUCAGCCGUUUCGAUGAGUCUGCCGCCGUCGACCUGCCGGGACUAUGAUCGCGAUUAGAGCGAUGUUAAGAGAUUUGGUUUAACUUGAUCCCGCCAAGAAGACGAAACGCUCACUGCCACUUGCAUUUAUUUAGAGAUGGCUUCCUGGACUGCUCCAGUCCCAACUCAGUUAAUAAUCGCGUUCAUUUCAACUCG